CACCCGAACGUGGUUCAGUCGCGUGGACGCCCGUUACGCGAUGGAAAAGCCGUCUGGUCGCUUCGCUCUUACAGUUUCUGAUCAAUCGCUACACUCAGUUUUGCAUGGCGACGUCGUUCCUAGCGUUUUUGGCUACGAUUCAUUCAGAUCGAUCACGUCACCGGGAUGAUUGUGUUGUUCGCUACUGCGUAUGCGAGAUGUGUGCUAGAGUUAAACACAAGUUCCUGAGAGCCCUCGAAAACGUGUUUAAUUAUGCCAAACGGUAUGUAUCAGUCGCUCACUUUACGUAUAUAUCACGGGAGUAACGUUGCGUUACGUUCGAAACUUUUCCUCUUCGAUGCUACGAUGCCUAUGGUAAUGACAAAAAUCAAUAUCUCGCGUGCCUCCAAUUAAAAUUCCGUACUAGAGCGGUAAUAUCGUUGAAUACGUGGUAACUCUGAUAUAUGGUACAUCUUUUCUACGAAACUACCGCUUUUUUUCGCUCUAUUUUGUAUCUGUUCUCUCAAACCUGCGUGAAAAUGAUCGAAAAAAAAAAAAAAAAGAAAGAACAGGAACGUUGUCUAGAAGGUCAUGAAAUUUCUCGAACGCCAUUUUCUACGCUUCUGCCGUAGCGCCGCGCGUAUAAGACAGCAGUCGCUCGGUGAUCGAAAAUGCGCCGCGCAUUCUGGGUAAAGAACUUCGCCACAGCUGCUCAAAAUGGCUGUCUAACGAGCGUUUCCGCUUCGCGAUCGUCCCCAACGAGCGACGGCCGGAGAGAUCACCGCGCGGUGAAGAUCGCGCCCGAGCGAUCGUGCGAUUCUAUGCGCAAAAAUUACGCGAGCGUUUCUAGGUCGAUUAAAAUUCAUUUGUUAUUUUUAUCGCGGAAUCGUCGUCGCGAAAGUAUCUCGCGUGAAAUACGCGUCAAUUCCGGUGUGCGCGCGCACACGCACAGGAUAGGACGUGGCAUGAGGAAGGGGAGGGCGAGAUGGCGCCCGCGUUGCAUGCUGGGAGUCGGGGCGAGAGGGGAAAGGAGUGCGAACGGGAACGUCGAAGGAGCUAGUCUGAUCAUAAAAUGGCGGAUGAACUCGGGAUCAUGAGCGUAUAGUGCGUGUGGUUCGAUAGUUUCCUCGAUGUCGCGUUUUAAUACAAGACUCGCCCUUUGAUAUCGUGAACGCGUAUAUCUCGGGCAACCUUAUUGUUAUAUUGACGGCGCGUCGCGGGCAGCAAUUGUGGGGUCGGAACGUAUCGUUGCAGCGCGUACAUGAGCACAAUGCAGAAGGCAUUAGAGUCUGAGUCCGGUAAGGAAUCCGGGUCGGAUUCUGAGAAUGAGAGUAAAAGCGAUAGCUCUUCUUCCGGGAGUAAUAGCGGUUCAGGAUCAGGCUCGGAAAGUGACUCUAGCUCCUCGAGCAGUUCCGGUUCCGGGUCAGGCUCUGAUUCGGAAAAGUCAGAGAAGUCGGAUGCACCUGCACACAGUGAUAGCUUCCAGAGCAAAAGCUCAAAUCACAGCACAGAGACAAAGGUUAGGGUUAAACAUGGUCGCGAAUGGGACGAGAAUCCUGACAUAUAUGGCAUCAGGAGAUCCGGGCGUUCAAGGAAAGAGCCAGAAAGGCUCGCCACGAACCGUGGGAGCGACAGCGAUAGUCGCAAGAAAUACAAGAAGAAGAGUUUACACACUUCGUGGAACUCAGAAACUUCGGAUUCAGAAUCAGAUGAUGUUGAAAAUCAAAGGCCUCCACCUAGUAAAUCUCUAAAUAGACGUGCGGCACAAAAAGCGAAAGAGAAAGCUAGAUCACGAAAGAAGCGUAUUUCAGAAUCUACUGAAUCUUCCUUUGAUAGCGAUGACAAUAGAAGACAAGUCACCAGAAGAACAGGCACGGCUGUCAGUUACAAAGAAGAAAGCGAAGAGAGAACCGAUAGCGAUGAUUUGGUUGAGGUGGAUGAAUCUAACGCCGCAUCUGCAGAACCUGACAAUGCAGAAACUGUUGAACGAAUUCUGGGACAGAGGAAAGGCAAGAAAGGGGUUACUGGCAAUAUGACGACGAUCUAUGCUGUCGAAGAAAAUGGUGAUCCUAAUCCGCAGGAUCUGACUGGUGUAGAGACUGAAGUACAGUAUUUGAUUAAAUGGAAAGGCUGGUCUCACAUACACAACACAUGGGAAUCAGAGGAAUCUUUAAAAGCACAAAAGGUCAAAGGAUUGAAGAAGUUGGACAAUUUUAUUAAACGCGAACGAGAGAUUAAGCAGUGGAGAGAAAGUGCUGGGCCAGAGGAUAUAGAUUAUUUUGAGUGUCAAUUAGAGCUCCAGCUAGAUCUCUUGAAGAGUUACAACAAUGUUGAAAGGAUUAUUGCUGAGUACGAUAAACCAGAUUCUGAGCAUCCUGAUUAUUUCUGCAAAUGGGAAAGUCUGUCAUAUGUCGAGUCGACGUGGGAAGACGGAGCUUUAAUAGUGAAAAAGUGGCCGGAAAAGAUCAAAGAAUUUCGUGACAGGGAGGAUUCUAAAAGAACGCCAAGCAAACAUUGUAAAGUCCUUAAGUCGAGACCCAAGUUUCAUCAGCUGAAAGGACAACCAGACUAUAUGGGCAAAGGAAAAGAUUUAGUACUGAGAGAUUAUCAGAUGGAUGGACUUAAUUGGAUGAUUCACUCCUGGUGUAAGGAAAACAGUGUUAUAUUAGCCGAUGAGAUGGGUCUGGGAAAAACAAUCCAAACGAUAUGCUUCCUUUAUUAUCUAUUUCACACUCAACAACUUUAUGGGCCAUUCUUACUAGUAGUCCCAUUAUCGACGAUGACUUCCUGGCAAAGGGAGAUGUCUCAAUGGGCACCCGACAUGAAUUUUGUUACUUACUUGGGUGAUGUUUCUUCCCGUAAUGUUAUCAGAGAACAUGAAUGGUGCUACAGUACGAAAAGGCUAAAGUUUAAUGCUAUACUUACAACAUACGAGAUAGUACUUAAAGACAAAACGUUUCUGGGUGCCUUAAACUGGGCAGUGCUGUUAGUAGAUGAAGCUCAUCGGUUGAAGAAUGAUGAUUCUCUUUUGUACAAAGCACUUGCCGAAUUUCACACCAAUCAUCGUCUAUUGAUUACUGGUACUCCAUUGCAGAACAGCUUGAAAGAAUUAUGGGCUUUACUGCAUUUCAUCAUGCCAGUAAAAUUUAAUUCAUGGGAAGAGUUUGAGAAGGAGCACGAGAAUGCUGCUCAGAAAGGAUAUUCCAAGCUGCACAAACAAUUGGAGCCAUUUAUUUUGCGUCGAGUUAAGAAGGACGUCGAAAAGUCCUUGCCUGCUAAAGUCGAGCAGAUUCUACGAGUGGAGAUGACUUCGGUGCAAAAACAAUAUUACAAAUGGAUACUGACUAAAAAUUAUAGCGCUUUGCGAAAAGGCACCAAGGGAUCCACUAUGACAUUCUUGAACAUUGUCAUAGAGUUGAAGAAGUGUUGCAAUCAUGCCUUUCUUACGAAACCUACCGAAUACGAGAGGAAGGAUAGUAACGAGGAUUACUUGCAGCAACUGAUCCGAGGAUCCGGCAAAUUAGUGCUUCUGGAUAAGUUAUUGGUGAGACUGCGCGAAAAGGGACACAGAGUUCUGAUAUUCAGUCAAAUGGUCAGGAUGUUGGACAUCAUCGGUGAAUAUCUGCAAAAGAAGCAUUUUCCAUUUCAAAGACUAGACGGAAGCAUAAAAGGCGAAUUGAGAAAACAGGCAUUGGAUCACUUUAAUGCCGAAGGUUCGACGGACUUCUGUUUCUUAUUAUCAACACGCGCUGGUGGUCUCGGUAUUAAUCUUGCCACCGCCGACACUGUGAUCAUCUUCGACUCUGAUUGGAAUCCGCAGAACGACUUACAAGCGCAAGCUCGAGCGCACCGAAUAGGACAAAAGAAUCAGGUCAAUAUUUAUCGAUUAGUUACCAAGAAUUCAGUCGAGGAAGAGAUCGUGGAACGUGCGAAGCAGAAGAUGGUCCUUGAUCAUUUAGUGAUACAGAGAAUGGAUACAACCGGCCGAACGGUAUUGGAUAAAAAAAACGCGGGGACCAACAGUAACCCAUUUAACAAGGAGGAUCUGAAUGCUAUUUUGAAAUUUGGCGCGGAAGAUCUGUUCAAAGAUGAGGAGGAUGGAGAUGAAGAGCCAACCUGUGAUAUCGACGAAAUACUAAAAAGAGCCGAAACGAGGGACGAAGGACCAAUGACGGUUGGCGAUGAAUUAUUAUCUGCUUUCAAAGUCGCUAGUUUUGCUGCAUUUGAAGAAGAAUCCGAACCCGUUAAUCAACCAAACGACAACGACGACGAAAGUAAAGACUGGGCGGAAAUCAUUCCGGAAAACUUCCGCAAAAAAGUAGAAGAGGAAGAGAAAUCAAAAGAGAUGGAAGAUCUCUACCUACCACCAAGAAGCCGAAAGACUCUUCAGCAAAUCAAUGAAAGCGGAAAGGGAAGAAAACGUAAAAAGCAGGAUGAAAGCGAAGAUGGCGACGAGUCGGGUAGCGAAGUAGAAGGCAGUGACGAUGAAAGACCCAAGAAAAGAGGCAGGCCAAGAGUCACACCGCGCGAGAACAUCAAAAGCUUCACCGAUGCUGAGAUACGCAGAUUCGUCAAGAGUUACAAGAAGUUCCCGGCGCCUUUGAAACGGUUGGACGAUAUCGCGGCCGACGCCGAGUUACAAGAGAAACCAAUGUCGGAGUUGCGAUUUCUGGGCGAACAACUGAAGUCUAGAUGCGAUGCGUGUUUGGCAGAGUUCGAGAAUACCGCAAAAGAGAAUAAAGGUGGCGAGGAAGAGGGCAAGGGACCUGGUCGUAAGAGAGGACGUGGGCCCACCUUCAAGAUAGGCGGUGUCAUGGUGAAUGCCAAGUCAUUCUCAGCUGCAGUUAAAGAACUCGAGCCUCUCGAGCAAGCUCUGCCAUCUGACUCCGAACAACGUGCCAAUUGGUACAUCGAUUUCAAGUUGAAACAGGCGAAUUUCGACUGCGAAUGGACUACAGAGGAUGAUUCUAGACUACUGAGGGGGAUAUAUCAACACGGUAUGGGUUCGUGGGAGGCAAUCAAAAUGGAUGCCAGUCUGAAACUUGGAGAUAAAAUUCUUUUCAACGGCAGUAAAGUACAAUUGAAACGCGUCAAUACGCGCGCUGAAUACUUACUGAAGGUUUUGAAGAAGCAAAUCGAUUUCAAGUUAGGAGUGACACGAAUCAGGAAGCCGAGAAAGCCCAAGGAGAUGAAAGUAAUUACUAAAGAGAUUGUAGAAGAGAAUGACACCUCUGGUGAUGAGAAUAAAAAACCGAAGCCUAAAGCUGAUAAGCCGACGGUCAAGAAAGAGGAUGAAGUUGUCGUAAAGAAAGAAAUUAAAGAAGAGGUUGAUGACUUGUCCGAGGAAAAAAAGAAGGAUAAAAAAAUUAAGAAGGAGAAGAAAGAAAAUAAGAAAACGAAGAAAAAUAAACAACCAGCAGGACCAAUGCAUUUUACAGCAAACAACGAACCAAGAGCUCUCGACGUACUUGGGGAUUUGGAUCCCUCGAUAUUCAAUGAGUGCAAGGAGAAAAUGAGGCCAGUAAAGAAGGCAUUGAAGGCUUUGGACAGACCGGAUGAGUCCUUAAGCCCACAGGAUCAAGUCGCUCAUACACGCCAUUGUCUCUUGCAAAUCGGGAAUCAGAUCAACACGUGUCUCGCAGAAUACAGAGAUCCUGAACAGAUCAAGGAGUGGCGAAGUAAUCUGUGGUAUUUCGUCUCCAAGUUCACCGAGUUUGAUGCGAAGAAACUUUACAAACUGUACAAACACGCGAUGAAGAAGAAUGUUGAUAGCAACGGUGGUGUUUCUUCCAGUCCCGACAAGAAAGAUGACUCGAAUGCCUCUAAGAAACACAAUGAGAGACCUCACGACAAACAUAUCGAGAAACAGCAGGCGGACGGUGGUAGUAAGGACAGUAGAAUAGGGAAACGUAAGAUCGACGAGAUCGAGGAUAACUCGAAUAGCAGUAUCUUAAGUAAGAAACAUCUAUCUGCUAUUUCUGCUGUCAGCAAUAUCAGCAGCACGUCUGCGGUUACUAUCGGUGCUAUUACGAUUACUCCUAUAACGUCGAUGCCGAAUUCCACAUCGGGUACGACCAACAGCGCAGACAUGUCGAGGCAUAAGGAACAAAAAGAGUCGAAACACAAAGAUAUGAAGAGGGACAGAGAUCGAGAUAGAGACAGAGACAGAGGGCACAAUGACAGAAAUAUAGAUAGGAUAAGAGGUGGUAAGGACGAAAGGCUUGGAAGAGACAGUGGAGGGUAUGGCAUCGGACAUUACAGCGGCAGCAGGGAGGACGAUCAUUGGCUGUCGAGAGACGGAAGAGACAUGAGAGAUAGCAGAUUCGGUGAUCACAAGCGUGAUCGCUUUGACUCGUACGGACGAAUGUCCGGCGGUUAUCAUCGAGACAGAGACCGGGAACGAGAUCGCGGUAUGCACAUGAACGACAAGAGGAAGUACGUUCAUAAUAAUGCACACUUCAACGUUUCGUCUUACGAAAAUUACGCCUCACGAGAGGAUUCCCUCAGUGAUUAUUACAGGUACUCAUCGGGACCACCGAAUUAUGGAUACGGUCCUGGUGGUUACGGCGGUGGCAGCGGUGGUUAUCCUGCCGCAGACAUGGCGUCAAGUCACUUCAGGGGACGGGGCUACCCGAGUGAUAAUUAUUCUGGCGAUUGGCGGCCGAACAAAGAUUACAGAAGAGAUUAUGAAAGGAGACCACCACCGCCAAACGCCAAUUCCUAGUGCUCCUUCCUCGCCUCCGUUUCGGAUGAGUACCGCAAACUAAUUGUGAUACCGCCAGACUCUUGUACAUAGUCUUCUACGUAUGAACGCGAGAUGUGAGGUGCACCGAAAUGAAGUGAUGUUUUUGCGUGUCACCCCAAUUGUAUUUAUAUGUAAAGACAAAUAUAUAUAUUCCAAUUCUUACUUAAUAUUUACGAGUAACGUGACAACAACCUUAUUUACACAAAAGACUACGAGAGUCCUCACGAAAAAUUUCAUAGAUAAUUAAAUUAUUUAUAAAGAAACAGGCGAAAUUGUGUUUUCAGCCCGCAUUGAAAGAUUGAUCAAAAAUUGAAUACAGGAAAUAGGUAAUCCGUUUGUCUAGGAUCCAAUCCUUCGUAUAAGUCAGAAAAUUGUGUGCGAAAUGUUGGGAAUCUGAAUUACUUCAAUCUUUUCGCCAGAAGUGUGUGUGUUUGCUUGAAACAUGCAAAUUAGAUAUUUUCAAUGUGCAAUUUUGGUAAAAUUAAUUUAUUAGAGACGAUUGAGCUAAAUAUACGGAUGUACAUACAUCUCAGUGUACUUUACAUUAUGAAUAUAAAUACGUUUUUUUCGUUACACUCGUUUUAUAUAUUUGAAUAUAUUUGUCAAGCUUCCAAAAUCAUUUAAUAUGUUUUGCAUUUUCCAUACAUUUACAAUUAUAUACAUAUGUAUGUGUUUAAUUUAGAUAUAUAUAGCCUGUUUAGAUACAUAACAUAUUCCAAUUUCAUCAUACAUACCCUAACUUUAUCAUAUGAAAGUCUGAUAAUGACGAAUUAUUUGCUUUUGUUGCUAAUACAAUUUCUAAAGUUCGACCGCGUUACAAUUACAUGUCGUGUAUAAUAAAUAUGCUUUGUCAUCAUAAGAGAAUGUUUAUAAAAUUGUACAAAUUGUCUAUUAAUUAUGCUGUUAUAUAAAUUUUCUAUGAAGACAUUGAAAUAUUGAACGGAAGGCCUCUAGGUACACACAAGGCAUCAAUAAUGUUCUCUAGUUCAGAUUUAGACAUAUUUUUUUUAUAAAAAUACGUUUCUAUACUUGUUAAUUUUGGUUAUUUGAAGAGUGCAAAAUUACAGAAGUCUUACUUAUAAAAGAAAAUAUUAGCAAUUGUAAUCGAAGCAAACGUAAUUAUCACAAAUUUAUAUUACAUUUCUUUUUGUCACUACAUCACAACACUACAAGAGUGUCAGUUAUUUUUAAUCUUAUGUAUAUUUUGUUAAUGUGUAAAUCUCAUGCACAAAACUAAGCAUUUACCAUUCUCAAGUUCAUCAUCAGCCACGAAUCAUAUUGGACGAACACCUACUUAUGAUUCCUACCCGUGAUUCCCUCAAUCGGAGCGGAAAGAAACAUUAGUGGUGCCUUGUGAGAAAUAUCGUGUCUCAUGAGGAAUAAUAUCGUAUAAACGCGAGAUGUGAGGUGCACCGAAGUAAAGUGGUGUUUUUUACGUGUCACGCCAAUUGUAUUUAUAUGUAAAGACAAAUAUAUUCCAAUUCUUACUUAAUAUUUACGAGUAACGUGACAACAACUUUAUUUACACAAAAAACUACGAGAGUUCUCACGAAAAAUUUCAUAGAUAAUUAAAUUACAUAUAAAAUUACCUAUUCACCAUAUUCCUCAUGAGGCUUCUCGAAAUGGCCAUCAAAUCAAUCUUUUGCGUUUGCCAGCAAAAUAGCAGCGCUUGAUACAUUAUCGAUCAACAAUGCGAUUAUUUCAUGUGCAAAUCAAAAGAGAAAUAAUACAUUUUAGGACAUAAUUAUAUAAAUAAUUUUCCCUUAUAGUGCUUCUAACAUUUGUGAUUUAAAGAGAACAUCAAUGAAGAAUGUGUUUUUACGUUUACUAUCUUAUUGUAUCGUAUAUAUGAUAGUUUUGUAUUCUACAUUAAAAUCAAUGUAACAUAGUGUAAAUAAUAGUGUAAGAUUGGUAACUGUCAACUAUUCCGUUUGUGUCGAACUGAGAUGAAUCACUGAGAUAGCAUUGCGUUUUCUUUACUCAGCGCGUAAAGUGUGAAGAGGUUUUUGAUACCUCAGUCUUAUCUCGGUCGAAGAAAAAGUGAAAAAUCGGAUAUAGUUUGUGACAAAACGAGAAGCCGUAUAGAGGUUUUAGCUAAAUCAUCUAAUGAAAUGUUUCUUCGGAGUAAAGAAAGAAAGGAGAACGAUAGGCACAUUUAAUAUUCGAUAUAAUUUACGUAGACAUAAAUUGCUUUAACAUUUGAAUGGGCAGCUAAUAAUUUUCUUUUUGCAAAAUAAAACCUCUUAUGCUCAUGUAACAACAAAAAUUCUAUGAAAUUCAAAUGCUUAUAAUAUUUACAAGUUUUCUGAAUUAUAAAUUAAUCUAUUAAGCGAUUAAUAUAAUCUGAUCUUUUCGCAAUAACUGAUAUGUAGAUCAUUAUGUGUGACAAAAGAUUGUCCUUACUAAGCGUUACCGUUAACAUAUAUAACUUAUUUUAUAAAUUACGCUGCGCACAUCUCGAACCAACUUAUUCAAUCGCGAAUAUCUCGCAAUUUUCGUGCGCACUUAUGUAAAUAAUAUAGCGUGUAUUAACUAAUAAAGAAAAAAAUAUAUUUGCGCGUUUACACAUAAUCAUAUUAAAGAGAAAGUCAUAUUCGCGUAUUUUGUGUCUUAAAUAAUUGUUCGGGGACAGAAAGAUAAUACGUGGGGCGGUCAUAGAAAAUACGCUGGACUAGAUUUUUAUUUGCAAGAUAAUAUUUCACGGAAGUGAGCUAUUUAUAAUUUAUUACUAGGCACAAAGAGUACCGCGACAGCUGUCGUUAUAAAAAGCAGAAUAGGGAUAUAUUGUAAAUAUUAUAAGUCGAAGAGUGAAUAAUAAGUGAGAUAUAGCAAAAUUAGUUUAAUAUCGUACAUAUAUUAGGUAUAUGUAAAGUGAUUAUAUAAUAACGUAUUUUAUCUAUCUUUAUUGUAGAUUACUCAACGUUUCUGAAAAUAUAUCUGCAUUUUUCAUGGCAGUUGA